CCCUGCACUGCCCCUCCGACAGUCAGAAACAUGGCGUUGCGGGAAAUAUCAUCGCUGGAGAAAUAUUUAGGAUUGAAAAAGCCGAACAAGUACAGUACACAGGGGGACAAAAAGGUCCCUGUGCUACAGAAUACUAAUGUUCCUCCACUGGUAGGCUUGGUGACCAUCGCCUGUCACCUGGUGAAAGAGGCCAAGCGCCCAGAGCUGCUGGGAGACUCUGCAGAGAGCAGGGCCGUGGUGCAGCAGUGGCUGGAGUACAGAGUCACCAAGCUGGAUGGCUGCACAAAGGAAGACAUCAAGACCAUACUGAAGGACCUCAACCUCUACCUGCAGGACAAGGUCUACAUGGCCGGCAACCAGUUCACCUUAGCUGACACUUUCAUGUUCUAUGGAAUCCAUCCGCUCAUAGUGGACUUGGCCGUCCAGGAGAAGGAGCAGUAUGUGAAUGUGACACGAUGGUUCGACCACAUUCAGCACUACCCCGGCAUCCGGCACCCCCUUCCUCCCGUAGUUGUGCUCAAGAACAGAAUUUACACCAGCAAACACCACUGAGACCUGACACCCCCACCCCCCUCUCCCCCAAACCUGACUAGUCACAAUCUCAUCCGUCUUUUGGACCGGACCCGGGCUAAAAGUCUCCUAAAAUCAUCACGUUUCCACAUAGUCAUGGUUAUCCAAGAUUUGUAUUUCUGUUGUUCAUAUCAUGAUUCCUGCCUUUAUGUUUUGUCCUGGUGACAUACAUGACCUCUGCCUGUUUGCUGUUUGGAUCUUCUACAAUAGGUGUUUAACCUUGAAAAUCAGUAAAGAGCUGUUUUAGUGUAGGCGGUACUGAAACUCCAUUAAAGGAUUGCUAACUAAUAAAAGCCAAAUCAGUUCAUAUUCAAAAAGAAAUGUCAGUGUUUUUAAUAAUUUCAUGCCCAGUGCCAUUGGCUGUUGACUUUAACUUAAUCAUUCAACACUUUUCACAAGAAGUUUGGUGUCUUAACCCUUAUUCUGCAUUUGGGAGCAAAAAUGUUACGUUGCUCUUAUAUGCUUUUUGUUUGUCAUUUUUUUUGCGUGCGUUUUUCACUUUUGGAAGUCUCGUUUGUUUGGUUGCCUUGCAAAGGGAAGUCUGUACGGGUUUGCGGGGAAAACUGCUGCUAGCUUGUUUCUAUUUAUAAAUGGUGGUUGAAUGGUGAUUUAUUUUGUCUAAUCUGAACUAUGAACAUGCGAUUACAAGUAUUAAAAGAAGCCUUCAGAGAUGUUACUUAACUGACAGUACAUUAUGUCCCAAGCGCAAGCAGCCUCCUUUAGGCCAUAUGAAAGCGUUUUCAACACCAGUUUAUCCAAAUACAUGUGGUUGCUGGUUCAACAUCAUGACCCCGUAAUGACCACAGUCACUCUGCCAUCUCUCUGCCCUGAUGAUUAAAGAGGUCCCUCUCAGCUCUCAUCCCUAUCAUGACUGUGGCGUUGGUUUGUUUUUCUUAGGAUUUUAUGUUUUUCGCAUGCAACUCUCAGCCAUUUCACUGGACAGUUCAGCAUGUGUGUGUGUGUGUGUGUGUGUGUAUUCCUGAUUGCAUCCACUUCCACACCACCAGCCGUGUGGGCAGCAGUGAGCAGUUGAGCGUCAGCCUCGGAGUCAGAGAUCAGAGUGAGGCUCCAAUCAGUCCCACUACCACCACUGUUGAUGCUGCAGGCCAGAGAGAGGGCAGCGGGCUCACCAGCUGCCACACAGAUCCAGCCAGCCAAGGCCAGAACCGGGGCCCCUG